CCGGGCUCGCGCGGGAGAAGAGGGAGGAGAAACUUUGCCUCUUAUUGUUUUUCAUCCUUAAGUGUGAGGAACUCUGUCGGGGAGGAAAAAUGUCCUUCUUCAAUUUCCGUAAGAUCUUCAAGUUGGGGAGCGAUAAGAAGAAGAAGCAGUACGAACAUGUGAAGAGGGAUCUGAACCCGGAGGAGUUUUGGGAAAUUAUAGGAGAGUUGGGCGACGGAGCCUUUGGCAAAGUGUACAAGGCCCAGAAUAAAGAGACCAAUGUUUUAGCUGCUGCAAAGGUGAUUGACACCAAAUCUGAAGAAGAACUUGAAGACUAUAUGGUUGAAAUUGAUAUAUUAGCAUCUUGUGAUCACCCUAAUAUAGUCAAGCUUCUAGAUGCCUUUUAUUAUGAGAAUAAUCUUUGGAUCCUCAUUGAAUUUUGUGCUGGUGGAGCAGUGGAUGCUGUGAUGCUUGAGCUUGAGAGACCGUUAACUGAGUCCCAAAUACAAGUAGUUUGUAAGCAAACUUUAGAGGCUUUGAACUACUUACAUGAUAAUAAAAUCAUCCACAGAGAUCUAAAGGCUGGCAACAUUCUUUUUACCUUAGAUGGAGAUAUUAAGUUGGUUCCUCAGGAAACAAGAAGACAAAAGAAAACAUUGAAGAAAACACGCAAAUUUGUUGUUGAUGGUGUAGAAGUAAGUGUAACAACAUCAAAGAUAGUUACUGAUAGUGACUCCAAAACCGAAGAACUGAGGUUUCUUAGACGUCAGGAACUUCGGGAAUUAAGAUUUCUUCAAAAAGAAGAACAAAGAGCCCAACAGCAGCUCAAUGGCAAACUGCAGCAACAGCGAGAGCAAAUUUUCCGACGUUUUGAGCAGGAGAUGAUGAGCAAGAAACGACAAUAUGAUCAGGAGAUUGAAAAUCUAGAAAAACAGCAGAAACAGACUAUUGAACGUCUAGAACAGGAACACACAAAUCGCUUACGAGAUGAAGCCAAACGCAUUAAAGGUGAACAAGAAAAAGAGUUGUCCAAAUUUCAGAAUAUGUUAAAGAACCGAAAGAAGGAGGUUAUAAAUGAAGUGGAGAGAGCACCCAAAGAGCUGAGAAAAGAGCUCAUGAAACGCAGGAAAGAGGAGCUUGCACAAAGCCAGCAUGCUCAGGAACAAGAGUUUGUUCAGAAGCAACAACAAGAAUUAGAUGGCUCUCUGAAAAAGAUCAUCCAACAGCAGAAGGCAGAGUUAGCCAAUAUUGAAAGAGAGUGCCUGAAUAACAAGCAACAGCUCAUGAGAGCUCGAGAAGCUGCAAUUUGGGAGCUUGAAGAACGACACUUACAAGAAAAACACCAACUGCUCAAACAGCAACUCAAAGAUCAGUAUUUUAUGCAGAGACACCAGCUACUUAAGCGACAUGAGAAGGAAACAGAACAAAUGCAGCGUUACAAUCAACGACUUAUUGAGGAGUUGAAAAACAGACAGACUCAAGAAAGAGCAAGACUGCCUAAGAUUCAGCGUAGCGAAGCCAAGACUCGAAUGGCCAUGUUUAAGAAGAGUUUGAGAAUUAACUCAACAGCAACGCCAGAUCAGGACCGUGACAAAAUUAAACAAUUUGCUUCUCAAGAAGAAAAGAGGCAGAAAAAUGAGAGAAUGGCUCAGCAUCAAAAACAUGAAAAUCAAAUGCGGGAUCUUCAGCUGCAGUGUGAAGCCAACGUUCGCGAGCUGCAUCAGCUGCAGAAUGAAAAAUGUCACCUCUUGGUUGAACAUGAGACUCAGAAACUAAAGGAGUUAGAUGAGGAACACAGCCAAGAGUUAAAGGAAUGGAGGGAGAAAUUGCGACCUAGGAAGAAGACCCUGGAAGAAGAGUUUGCUAGGAAGCUACAGGAACAGGAAGUGUUCUUUAAAAUGACUGGGGAGUCUGAAUGCCUUAACCCAUCGACACAGAGCCGGAUUUCCAAAUUCUACCCUAUUCCUAGCUUGCAUUCCACUGGAUCAUAACAAUGGGAAGCAUGCUGUGGUUGGGUUUGACUCUUUAAGUACGUCAUUCUGUUCUCUUCGUCUUUAGCCAUAGUCUAUCAGAGAGCUCACGAAGACAAUCACCUGCCUCACCUUCUAGGUGUUUUUUGUUUGUUUUACUUGUUUAGUAACGAUGAAGGGAAAGGAACUAAGACAGAUGCUGGGCCAUGUUGGCAAAGUAGCAUCUUGCAGUAAUUCCCUAAGGUGAUUUUUGUAUAUACUCUUAAAAAUCGUGUUAUUUAGAUACUGUUACCUGAAAGUUAUUUAAAGAAAACUGUUACGUCAUUUAAGUAUUAGUAAAUAUCUUUUUACAUGACUUAACUUCUCAGUGAUGUCUAAAAUCAAUCAUUGAAGCUCUCUACACUGUGGAGAAUUGGAAUAAUUUUUUGGUGAAUUAGCUCUCAUGAAAAAAUUUUGAAUUCAAAAUAUAUUGAUUCAGUAAAUAAAUCUAUUAUCUUUAAAUGUUAGCAUUGGACUCUUUUAAAAGAGAAAAAUUAUUUCAGUAAUUUGUCUAAAAUAAUUACUUGUUUAGACAUAAACUAAUAAUUAAGGGUGCUAGCUUUAUUAUAUAAAAUAGUGCCUAAAACACUAAAUUUCAAUUCAGUCUAAAAUAGCAUUUCCUCCUUUUGAUUCAACAGGGACAAAAUACUCUUAGCAUUAAGCAUUAUUGUUUUUUAAACCUUGCUCAUAUUACCAUUUGAUAGAAAUUCUCAUCCUAAAGUACAAGUUGGAAAGAUGAAAAAAUAAAAGGUAGCUUUUAGAUGUCCAAAUUGAACAUAUAAAACUCACCAAAUUAAAAAAAUAUAGAUUUAGCUAUCUCAGCUUAUUUCCUGAAGUAAUAAAUGAGCUGGUUAAAUGGCUUCUCCCAUCUUAGUAAAUUCUGUUUAAAAUUCUGUCAUAGGCCAGCAGGCUCUGAGUUAUAUUUAUGAAUGUAUUUUUCUGAAAUUAAUCUCAAAAGAGGCAUUUGUUCAGAGUAAUUUUGAAGGAAGAAUUUAAAUAAAAUAUCUAGGCAAAUACCAGAAAUGACUUUUUAUUGUUUCGAGAUAAAGUCAUUCAUAUUUUGGUUUGGUUUUGUUCCAUGUUUAAAUUAUUUACAUGAUUUGAGUGGGAAAGUCCUGAAACCUUUAUCCUGUGGUUGCUUGAUAUGUGUAAUUAUUAAUGAAAUGUUCACUAGUCCCUCUUGAGGGUUAGAUUUUCAAGCACGUGUCAGGUCAAACAGUAUUACAAACCAUAUUUUGAGGUUGUGAGACAGCACAUUUGUAGAUGAAGCUUGCUGCCUGCCGUUUGCAGCCUAUUAAUGAGUGCUAGGUACCAAAUUGUAGAAAUUUCAGUUUUUAGUUAUGUUACAGUUGAGGCUGGUGAAAAAUGCAGAUGCAACUUUGUGGGAACACUGAUUCAUGUUAAGAAAAUGUAAAUAGCUGUAGCACUUUCUUACAGUUAAUUUGAAAACUUUGAAUGCUGAACCUUAUUUUGUCAGUGGUUUAUAGAUGAUUUAAAAAUGCAUGUGAUUUUAAUUUUGUAAUUGUUUUGACAAGCAUUAUUUACUUGGACAACUUUGUAGGUAGCCUUAACUUCUGGCCAGGUUUGUUUUUUAUAUAAAUAUAUAUACAUAUAUAUAUUAUGUAUGGUUGUAAAUUCAUACACUUAUCACAUGAAUGUGUUACUGUAUACAAAACUUUUAAUGCUUUAUUCUCAAAUGCUGGACUGAAAAAUGUUUUGAAAGCCUUUUAAAAAAUAUAUAUAUAUAUAUCUUUAUAAUGUUCAGGAUGAUGGAAAUUGUUUAUAUUGUUAUGAUAGAAAUGACAGUAUAAUGUUACCCAGUGUAUUUAAUGAUUUAUUUGAAGGAGAGGAAGAAGGUUCUCAUACCACUUCCUCCUUUGAGAUUUUCAGUAUAUUGACUUUUUAAAAAUUAAUACUUCAGGCAGUAGACAUUUUUUCAGUAUCAUUUAAGUGAUAUCCUAUGUGAUGAAUAGCUUCUGGCCCAUAGUUAAUUUGGUCUGAAUAUUUGGGUUUUUGUAAUACCUUUCAACUUGACAUUCAGAGAAUUGAAUAAAGGAAAGAGGCUCAGAGUAGAAGGAUUGACACUCUGGUAAGUUUAUUAGCAGCUUUUGCAUCUCUGUAGAAUUACCCUUUGGAUUCCUUGUUCACACUCAAGUUCUCUUUCAAAUGUGACCAGACCAUAUUUGUGUGGGAGCAGGACUACAGAGUGAUACAUGUACAGGUAAAACCUUCAUUUUAAUACUUGGAGUCACAUAAAUCUUCUCAAAGAGUGUUUUGUUGUAGACCGUGCUAUUUGUGCCCAGCCCUGCCCACUCCCUGCUAGGCCCUGAAUUCACAUACAGAAGAGUGGUCUUUCUCUCUUGCAUGAAGUGUACAUAGGGGGUUGGGGAGAGGCAAAGACACCUUUGAAAUCAAAGAGCACAGUCUAAUCCAUUCCUGACCUGAUGGUUUUGUUGCUGUGGCAGAAUGUGCUAGGAAGCGCGUCACAGCAGUUCUCCGUACUGCCGUGUCGGUCCUCAGCCUCCCCUGUCCCUGCGUGCUGCGGGCGUGCUGGCCACCACCCUUCUGCAGGUCUAGCUCACGCAGCUCGUUGCACCAGGUUGCCUUUCCUAGUCCUGUCAGGCCGUGGGUGGGUGUGAAUUGCUGAAUUAGCUGCUAUAACUCUAUGGAGUCAGUUAAGCUUUUUCUUACUCUUUUCUGUGGGGAAGCUAUAGGGUGGGUAAAGAGGAAAUUUGGAGUGCUCAUACCUUGCUGAAAAUGUUAAAACUUCCCUGUGACAGGAUACAGCAAAUUGUAAUUAAAUAUAAACUAGAACCAGAGCUACCUCUAAGGAGUGUUUCCUCAAGCACAAAGCUCUCAGGCAUAUGAGACUCACUGUCACAGAGGGCCUCUGAUUUCUUGAGCGUCAGUGAGUUUCAGAAGUGACUGUCCUUUUGUACUCUCCUAGUUCCCUUGUAACUACAGUUUUCCCCAUUCCACACUGUGCUUAAAUGACAAAGACUCUUCUGAAAAGCCGAUUUCUGUCAAAUGAUUAGCUCGAGGUACUGUUGACUAAAGGAAAAUGUAAAACUGAGGUGGAGGUGGAGAGCUCUUUAGUUCCAGUUCUAAUAGACUUCUGAUUGAAUAAAUCCAUUCUUUUCUGGGAAAUGAUCUUUUAUAGGAAAUGGGAUGUUUUAAAUGCUUUUUUUUAAGUUGAAGGCACAACAAUUAAUGCCACUCUUGUUGCUACCCUGUGGCUGACAUGGUUUUGAUAUAGCUUUAAAACUUCUGCUACUCAGCUGGGGGUAGAGUGUUAUACCAGUGUUAAAUGUUGGCUGUAGCUUUUUGUGAUCCUUCUCUGAUUUGCAGUGUAAUAACUCCACAAGCUACAUUUUUCAGAAAGAAUUUUGUUUCAGAAAAUGCCUCUUGUUUGUCUGGGAGCAACAUGUCUUUUCAAUCACGGGAUUGACAAAUGAAAAAUAAAGUUAUUUCUUAAUCUAC